AUGAAGGAUGCGGUGCUGGAAGCAGCCCUUCGCGAAGCUCUCUCCGCCGAGAGUCUCCACGGGGCCUUACGCAGUGCAGCGGUUGAAAAAAGCCCGGGGGGCCCCUUUUUGGGAAAAGACACAAAAGGCGAUGCCCUGGAAAGCGCCGUCGCAGAGCUCCACGGCCGAGUGCUCUCUGCUUAUCAACGUUCCGCGGCGAAGUCUCGUGAGUCUAAAGAGGCCCCGCGGGCCCCGGCAGAGUCUCCUCCUGAGCAUCAAGAGGCCUCCUACAAUGUUCGAGUGAGCUUUACAGACCAGGACCCGAAGCCUCUCCCAACAAGGACGUCGGAGCUUGUCGUGGAUCAGAAGGCGACUGCGAGGCUGACGUGCACGCACUGCCGAAGGCCGCUAAAGAUGGACCUGAUGCUUUCGGAACAGGAAUCUUCGGUGGACCUUGAAACGCCGCGGUGUGCGUACGUGGCAGUCCUGGCCGACGGCAAGACCACCAGCUUUCUGCAGGCAUGGAUGCUUGGCAUGAGUCUCGCAAAGCAUAGCCAAAGCCAAGGCCCGGCUCGGCCAGAGAGAAUGCUGCUACACAGUCCAUCAGUACCAAGACCGUUUCUUGAGGUCUUGCGGCAGGUGUGGCAACUGACAGCUGGAUCCCUUGGCUCAUGGCCCGCCAUUCUGAGCCAUCCCGUUCUGCUGAAACCCUCCUCCGACAGACUUCUUCGAUUGCGCGCCCUGGGCCUGAAGUUUGACAAGGUGCUGGUGCUUGCGCUCGGGAUAGUUGCCACAGCUGACCUCGACGACGUCUUUGACGCAAGCUGCCCGGCUUUCGUUGCGGAGAAGUCCAGCGCUUUUCCUCAGCAGGCAGGUUUGCCAGUGAUGCUGCUCCCUUGCAGCCACCAGGCCGCGCGCAAAGUUGCGUUUGACACAGGACACAGAUCCCAAAAUGCAGCCUACCCUCCCCGGACUAUAGCCGGACAGAAGCAGGUGGAAGGAGACGAAGUGCUGGUCUACUUGAAAAGCUUCUAUCGCACCUUCUUCGAACGUGACAUGUUGGAGCUGCCUUCAGAGUUGUGCUCGAGAUUGCAGUACGUGACCGUGAAGGUCUGGAGAGACUUCGAACAGCUUCUGCGAAAUGCUUCUUCGUGCGCCUCUGGAGAGACAGAGCGGUUGUUCGAGCUCUUGGGCACGAAGGACUGCUCGGAAGUUUCGAGUACGCUGGCUUCUGUCGACACGAAGCGCUGUGAGAGCUGCAAGGCUUAUGACUUCAAGGGCACUUUGGAUCCAUUGGACGGUCGGUGGCGUUGCAGAUUUUGCUGGGAGCAUAUGCUGUUAGACUCUGCUUUGCAGGAUCCUGGCUGCAUACCUCUGCCACUCCAUGAGGUUGAGACUCUGCAGAAAGAGCUUGAGGAAUGUUUCGUGCCCGGUGAGAGGCAGCGAUGGCGAUGGAAGGAGUGGGACCGAGACAGAAGAUGGAUCGAGUUUCGGCCCAAGGGGGUGCUCUGGCACAGCAGCAACCAAGUCGGGGCUUGGGAGAUGUGGGUGGAUCGGGGCAAGCGGCAGCUGGCCAUGAAUUUUGUAAAUUUCGACAAGGAUGGGAGGGCAAGGCCCGAAACCAGACACUUGCUGGAAUUGAAAGACGCUGAUGCCUCGGCACGCUUCGAGGAGUACCAGCGCGAGCAGUUCCACCCCCUGGGUUUCGCGUCACAAGGUCGCAGCUACAAAGACCAGUCGAAGAUAACACUUCAUCCGCCCCAAGGCUUUCAGCCACGGCGAAGACCUCAAGAGCAAACAUUGAGAAAUGGGGUCUCCAGUGAGAAGAAGCUCGAGCCAGAGCUACGCAAGACUGUGGACCAAGCUUCCCCUGUUGACAAGAAGGUGAUUUCCACUGCCAUUCGCGCGACCGAGCAGACUCCUGCUGCGGAGAUGGGUCCAACGCCGACAACCGCACGGGGAAAACUUGCAUACAUCCUCGGCAAGGCAUAA